AUAAUGAAUGGAGCGACUGUAAUAGUGACCGGCGCGAACAGUGGCAUUGGAAGAGCCACAACAGCGGGCAUAGUGAAGCUCGGCGGCCGGGUUAUAAUGGCAUGCAGGGACGUAAACAGUGGCGAAGAGACAGCCCGAGAAAUCCUUCAAGAGACUGGCGCUGACAGAAAACUUGUUCUUGUCAAAGAGCUGGAUCUUGCCUCGAUUGCAUCUAUACACAAUUUCUGCCAGGGGAUAAUAGAGGAGGAACCUCGUUUAGAUGUGCUGAUAAAUAACGCUGGGGUCUAUCAAUGUCCUUACACCAAAACUGAGGACGGCUUUGAGAUGCAGUUCGGGGUCAACCAUUUGGGCCAUUUCCUGCUCACUCACCUGUUGCUGGACCUUUUGAAAAGAUCUGCUCCCAGCCGUAUUGUUGUGGUCUCCUCCAAACUCUACAAGUAUGGUCAGAUCAACUUCGACGACUUGAACAGCGAACAGAACUAUGACAAGGCUUUUGCCUACAGUCGCAGCAAACUUGCUAAUUUGCUAUUCACCUGUGAGUUGGCCAGGCGACUGGAGGGGAGCGGAGUGACUGUAAAUGCUCUUUCUCCUGGUAUCGUAAGGACUAAUCUGGGACGCCACGUCCAUAUCCCAGUGGUAGCCAAGCCCUUGUUCAACCUGCUAUCCUGGGGUUUCUUUAAGAGCCCCGAACAAGGAGCUGAAACGUCACUAUACUUAGCCUGUAGUCCAGAUGUACAGGAUGUACAGGGAAAGUUCUUUUCAGACUGCAAACCUCAGGUUCUUCUUGAGAAGGCCACCAGCAAGGAAGUUGCUUGUAAAUUGUGGGACAUAAGCGAAGUUCUGGUUGGAAUUCUCAAAUGA